AUGGCGUAUGGAUCUGGUAAAUACACCAUAGAUGAAGAUACUGUUCCCUCCACUUCAAGAUCGAGAACUGAAGAAAAGCUCGAGAGAAGAAAAGAAUGGAGACGUCAUCAAGAGCUAGAACAGGAACAUGAGAGAUUGAGAAAACAAAAAAUUGAGGAAUGGGAAAGAAAACGGGCGCAAGAGCUGGGUAAAAGAAGCCCUAGUGACUCUCCUCCUCCUCGUCAUACAGGAAGAUCAGGAAGAUCACCGGAUCAAUAUCUAUCUACCUUCAAAAAAAAUUUAAAUAAACUUUCUGGACCUUGGUUUAAAGAUCCAGAAGGUCGACUCAUUAACAGUACAGAAUUACGUCGUAUUAAAGUUGAUAUCCGCAGAAACAUUCCUGUGAAAGGACCUAUUCCUGAAAUAAAACGAGAUAUACAUAUAGAUGUAGAGGAUAAACGGCGUACUAAGCGUUCACGUUCUAAAGAACUAAAACGCAACUCACACUGCAGAUGUGGUGGAUGUGAAAAAUCAUAUAAACAUUCUCGUAAAAGUAAAGAUACAGAAAGGAACAGAGAUAAAUAUAGAAAUAAAAACAGAGAUCAAGACACUGACGAAGAUGAAGAUCGAGACAGCGACAAAUACAUCACAUGGAAAGACAUAAAGAAUUGCAACAAAAUUACUGAAGCUGUCUUCAGCAAAUUCUUUCAAUCCCUAUUGUGGAGCAGAGCCACCCCGAACAACCGGGCCCAACAAGCAGCUCAGCAGUCUCCGAGUCCAGGAGUUUCUUCCGUGGAGGCUCAUCCCGAUAGACUUCUCGCCACCAGCAAGGGAUCGACCACGGUCACCGCCUGCCUCUACCAGGGAUCGACUCCUGACAUCACCUGCCGUCACCAGGGAUCUACCACUAACGCCAAUUUUCCACCUCCGAUCCCUAUAAUAGGCCCUAUGUUUUUACCAAGAGGAUUAAGACCAAUUGCUCGUGUACGUAGAUAUCCUUAUCCUUAUCCAGUAGGACCAAUCAGACCACGAUGUCCUAAUCCGACUAGAUAUAGAUACGGUGCUCCUAAUAGAAUGUAA